AUGUCCGACUUUCCAAAUCUUUCAUACAACUAUCUCUACUCAGAUCCUCCAGAUCCGAACGAACAGCUUCCCCCAUUGUUCUUCAACAGCCUACCCUACCGCAAAUCGCGAUUCCAUGAAACGGCCACGUCUACAUCGCUUGACGUAAUCAAAAGAAUCGCUGAACACUCGUCAGAGUCUGCAGAGUCUCUUCUCCGGCGAGGAUGUAUCACUUCCACUGGUCAUAUGAUCUCGUGGGCUGCGCCCGAAUUGCCACCUGCGUUGAUACCGCUGACGACUGAAAUGUCCGAACUACUUUUGCAUUAUGACGAUGAGAUUGAUACGCUUGAUACACGAAGCAAAAAAGACGCCCUCGCUGAUUUCACCCUGGCCGCCCUGUCGAUGUGGAAACUUGGUCAACCGCCCGUGUUCGAGUAUGACAUAAACAAGCGAUUUGACUUGUUGUCGAAUAAUGUAUCCAACCUCUCGCCUCAUGUAAGGUCGCUGUUCUUCAAAACGACGGUAGAUAUUUUUACUGCGCAGUCGACGGGCAGCCAGUCCGGCAUGUCGUUUGAAGAGUACAAGAAAGCUCGGAUGGCGAGUUCUACUGUCAAACAAGCCCACGAGUUCUUUACUUACAUGCAGGGCCUGCGGCUGACAGAAGAUGAAAGGCAGUCCGUGUCGGAAAUGGUUGAUUACGGUGUUUUGAGCGUAUCACUGUCAAACGACUACUAUAGCUUUUAUCGAGAGUUUGACGACCAUUUUCGUUCUGGAAGUCUUGAUGCGAUGCACAAUGCGAUGGCGCUGCUGAUGACUGAGUAUGGAUAUACCGAGCUUGAAGCAGGGGAUAUCCUGAAGCGAGAGGUACUUGACGCGGAAAAGAACCUGGUGCAGCAAUACAGACAAUGGGAGAAGUCGUCGGUACCCAAGUCGGAUGAUCUUCGCUCCUACGUCAUUAUUUUCAUUCUAUCAAUUGGCGGAGCAAAUUACUGGCAGGCUCAAACUCCCAGGUAUCGCGACGAUGGGUUUACGACCACCGCCGAGGGUCGAGCUCGGUUGCUUCAACAGCGACGGGACCCGGUCCUUAAACUAGAAGGACAUCCUCCUCCAGCAGCACACGAUGAGAGUCAGGAAAAGACUGUGAAUGGAGAAAGUCAUGAAGCAGAUUGUCCGGGACUCAAAGUUGCAAACGGCACUGUCUUGGAAAUCGAUGUUUGCGCACCUUUUCAGGUUGCCGAUGCCGACCAGAUUUGUAUGGCUCCGUUCGAGUAUAUAAAGGCUCUUCCUGGCAAAAACACCUUGACCAAAUUCAUCAAUUGCCUGCGGGUGUGGUUCAGUAUACCAGAUGAUAUCUCCUCAGUCCUGAAAGAGGUCACGGUGAUACUUUUCAAUUCAACACUGCUACUCGACGAUAUCGAGGACGGUUCAACACGUCGGCGUGGUAGAGCCGCUGCACAUCUCAAAUUCGGACUCAGUCAGACUGUCAACACCGCCACGUUUCUGCAUGCCGAGGCCGUCGGCCAGGAAAUCAAAACACUUGCUCGCGGCCAGGCGCUAGAUCUUCACUGGACGUUCGACAAGACUCGUCCGACUCUUAAUGAGUACUUCAUAAUGGUCGACCAUAAGACUGGAGGCUUUUUUCGACUGUUACUACGUGCCAUGUGCUCUCUGACAAGCAGUGAAGUCGACCCUGACCAGAAACAUCUGAUUACCCUCAUUGGGAGAUAUUAUCAAAUCCGCGACGACUAUCAGAAUCUCGCAUCUGAUGAGUACACUGCAAAGAAAGGAUUCUGCGAUGAUCUAGACGAGGGCAAGUUCUCGUUUCCUGUCCUCCAUUUGCUCGAGCAUAGUCCGAAGGCAGACGAGCUAUUCAAGCUCAUAUACGGAGAGGACAAGAAGACGCAGAUGUCGCAUGCCGACAAGCUACGUAUUCUGGCCGAGAUGAAGGAGUGUGGGAGUCUGACGUAUACAUUGGAAGUGUUAGAGAAGCUGUUCACUACAAUGCUAGAGACGCUGGACAGAGUGGAGGAGAAGAUGGGCAAGAACAAGUCUCUGCGCUGUUUGAUGCUCAUGUUGAAACUAUAG